UCUGUUCAGUGUUCUAAUCCCAAUCUUCUGCCUCUAAUGUCCACCAUGGGAAGUACCACAGAGUCGACUGCUCGAUCCCUUGGGUUUCUUCUUCUGCCGGCCUUUCUUCUCUAUGUCGACCACUCAUGGCUCUCAGUGGGAGCUACAACCCAAGAGCUGCUCAUAGGCUUCACGGCCACUCCAGACCCACCUGUAUCGUCCUUCCAACCCCUUCUCCACAACCCAAACGGAACUUUCUCUCUGGGUUUUCUCCGAAACGGAAGUUCCCAACUCGCUCUCGCUAUUGUUCACGUCCCUUCUUCCGAACCUGUGUGGCUCGCGAACCCGACUCGUUGGGCGCGGUGGUCCAAAUCCACUGUGCUCUUCUUCAACGGUAGUCUCGUCUUGUCUGAUCCGCACACGGGGGUACUCUGGUCAACUCAUACCGAUGGUGAACGUCUUCUAAUCCUCAACAGCGGAAACCUUCAGAUACAGAAGCUAGAUGGUUCAGGCUCAGUCGUCCUCUGGCAGAGUUUUGAUUUCCCGUCCGACACGCUUCUGGAAAAUCAGAAUUUUACGAUGAAUGUGUCUCUGGUUUCGUCAAAUGGCCUCUAUUCUAUGAGAUUGGGAGACGAUUUUAUUGGAUUGUAUGUUGAGUUCAAAGCAGGUCUGGAUCAGAUUUACUGGAGACAUAGAGCCCUGGAAGCAAAAGCAAGCAUUGUCGACGGCAGACCAAUUUAUGCUCGAGUUAGCCCGAAUGGGUUUCUGGGUAUGUAUCAAACGGAAGCAGCUCCCGUCGAUGUACAAUCUUUUAACACCUUUCAUAGGCCAAUUUCAGGUAUCCGACGACUCAGGCUAGAAUCAGAUGGGAAUCUCAGGGGUUAUUAUUGGUACGAUUCGAAGUGGGUUUCCGAUUUUCAAGCGAUCGACAACGAGUGCGAGCUCCCGAAUGCGUGCGGAUCGUAUGGUCUCUGCCUUCCGGGAGGAGAUUGCAGGUGCCUGGAUAACCGAACAGAGUAUUCCUCCGGCGGCUGUUUUCCGCCAGAAUCCGGCGAUUUCUGCAAAGUAAGAGGCGAAGACUAUGCGAGUGCGACUGAGUAUUGGGUUCUGAGAAGGGCAGGCGUCGAGUUGCCUUACAAGGAGCUGAUGGGGUUUGAAAAGAUGGGAUCUUUGGAGGAAUGCGAGAGUUCUUGCAAGAGCAACUGCAGCUGUUGGGGAUCUGUUUUCCACAACGUUUCUGGAUUCUGCUACGCAUUGAAUUAUCCGAUAAGCACGUUGGUGAGUUUCGGAGACGCCAGCAAGAUUGGGUAUUUCAAGGUGAGAAGAAUCGAGGAAGAGAAGACGAGAAGGGGAGUGCGUCUUGCAGAUGGGAUAGCUCUCUUGAUUGGGACGGUUUUGAUCUUCGUUGGGAUUGCUGGGUUUGGGACUUACAUGUGGAUGAGAAGAAAGGAGCUAGAGCAUGACAUAUUCAUGGAGGAGCAGGAUCUGUCACAUGGUUCGUACAGGGAACUGCUGAGAUCGUCGAGCUUUGGAGCAGUUGAGCUCUGCAAGAGAUGACGAGAGACCCAUCU